GUUCAUACUCGUUCUGAGCAGUUUAGUGCCAGGACAAAAGUCCAGUGGUUCUCAUUUAUUUAAGGUUGAUCCCCUUAUAAAUAUAUGAUAUAUAUAGCCCCCAAAGUGUAUUCCAAUCCAUAUUGGAGAGCUCAGAGCUAUGGAGCGUAUGAUUAAGAACACUGCCAUUCUUGGAGCCGAGAGGAAGGAUCUCUCUGAUUCUCCUUCUUCCUUCGGAGACUUCAACGCAUCGUCCUUGGAGUCUGAGUCCGAUUCUUUCGAAGAAGUUACUUCGUCGUCUUCAUCUCCCACUUCUUCCCCUGAUCAUCCCCUGGCUAAUAAUGACCCUGUACUUGACAUGUCCUCUCUGAUUCAGCAACUUCCCAUCAAGAAGGGGCUUUCGAAGCAUUACCAGGGCAAGUCCCAGUCGUUCACUUCACUGGCCAACGUGAGGAGCUUGGAAGAUCUGGUUAAACCAGAGAACCCGUACAACAAGAAGUUGAAGCUCAAGGCUUGCAGAAGAAGCUAUGGAGGAGGAAUCAUGGGUGACACGAACGACAGAGGAAUUUCGUGUUCGUCGAUCAAUGUGAAAAGGGCAAGCUCUAACCUGGGGAUUACCACUAGGCCUCCCAUGCCUCCUCACAGAUCCUCCACCAUCACUAACCAAACUCCCCUGUUUGCUUGACAAACCGAGGAGACGUACGAUCUCUGGCUUUCUUUCGGCCUGCGUUUAGACCUAUCUAGCUUCGCUGCAUUUUGAGGUAAUGACUAGAGGGAUGCACCCCAUUGUAUUUUGAGCGUAUGCCUUCGAGGGAUUUAAAAAUUUGAAAGGAUUUAGAAUUGUAACUUUAGAGUAUUUUUAGGCUAACUCAAUGCUCGAUGUAGAUCAACGUCCGGCUGUUCAAUCCGCUGUAUCCUACUUUCUCGGAAAAGUAAUGUUUGAAAAUUCAAUCUGAUUCCA